UUUAAAAAUAAUAUCAUAAGUUGUUUUGGUGUAUUUUAAAUGCUAUCUUCUUUAAUUGUCUGGGGUUUAUCUUAAUCUUCAUUCGCUUCGUUUGAAUUUGAUUGUGAUAGAGUUGUUUCAUUAAUGUGAAUGAAUAUUCUUUGAGCUAUGAAUUGUUCAGCAUCUGCUGGCCAAGACUCUGUUUCAGGUGCAACCUUAUUGAAUCCCUCAACCACCGGAAAAGAAGAAACAGUUAAAUGUCAAUUUGUGACUCGUGAGGGAACUUAUAAGCUAUUUAAAGGUGAUAAUUGUAGAACCACUGUUGUUGGUUAUACGCCGCAAACCAAUACACCGGUUAAGUGUUCAUUCAGUGGUGAUUUAAUUUGUUUCAAUGCAGCCAAAGAGCUGUAUGUUUGUAACUACAAAGGCAUUAAAAAUGCAACCGACCUCAAUAAUCCAAUUGACAAAAGAAGUUAUAAAGGACUAUACCCAACAUGUCAUGAUUUCAAUGUAUUUGCUGACAAUGUACAUUUACUGGUUGGUCUAUCUGCUGGCCAGAUUCAAUUAAUGGAUCCAAUCAAAAAAGAAUUCUGUAAAUUGUAUAAUGAGGAGAGAGUUAUAGAUAAGACAAAAGUGACUUGUAUCAAAUGGGUUCCUGGUUCUAUGAAUCUUUUCUUGGUAUCACAUAGCAGCGGACAAUUAUAUGUUUAUAAAGAGGAUCUUCCUUGCGGAUCAACAACACCACAUUACCAGUUGUUUAAACAAGGGGAAGGUUUUGCCAUCUACACUUGUAAGACGAAAAGCACUCGUAACCCUUUGUACCGCUGGGUUAUCGGCGAGGGUUCAAUCAACGAAAUAGCAUUUUCACCUUGCUCCAAAUAUCUUGCAACAGUUAGUCAGGAUGGUUUUCUGCGUGUUUUCAACUAUGAUACUAUGGAACUUGUUGGACGAGUAAGAAGCUACUUUGGAGGUUUGUUAUGUAUUUGUUGGAGUCCAGAUAGUAAAUUUGUUGUUGUUGGCGGUGAAGAUGAUCUUGUUACAGUGUGGUCUUUACAAGAGAAAAGGGUGAUUGCUCGAGGCCAGGGACACAAAUCUUGGGUUAAUGUUGUCGCCUUUGAUCCUUAUACUACAACGGUUAGAGAUGCUGUUGAUAGUGCUAACGAAGCAUUUGGUGAAGAAAGUGAAACACCAGCUACUAGAUCGGAAAAUAUUAGCCAUUCCUUGAAUGAUUCAAAUCAUUUACAGCAUCACUCAUCAACUAGCUCAUCAUCAACUAUUCCAUCAUUGAAUAGAAAUCACUGUGGUUCUCCAUCCAUAGAGUUCAACAAUCAUUCGACUCACCUAACGUGUAAUACUGUUAAUAAAUCACCAAUCAUCAACAGCAGUCGUAACUCACCUUCGUCAAUUAUCACUUCUUACCGAUUUGGAAGUGUUGGUCAAGACACUCAACUAUGUCUUUGGGAAUUAACGGAAGACAUUAUUAAACAACCUGUUGGUCGAUCGCGAACAAGUAUUUUACUUCAUAGUCCAACAAAUGGGUCGCAACAUCCUCUCAAUUCUUCAUCGAGUCAUGUAUCUAGUUCGGCACAGCAAUCCGCUUAUUGUUCCAAUUUAACUUCUACCGAUAAAUGUCACAAUACAUUGUUACCAUCCCAGACAGGAAACUGUUUACCCAAUAAUUGCAAUUAUUUGGAUCCUGAUGUUUACACUGAUCAUACUACUAACACAAUAUCUUCAUCAACAUCUUCUACUGGUAAUAAUAGUUUUACCAAUAAACAUGGUCAAACAAGGAAGGAACACAAAAAGAAUUUUAGUCUCGCCUCGCGUAAUAGUGAUAAAAACAGUUUAAAUAAAGCUAGUCAUAGUAAACUGAACGACGAUCCAAUAAAACUUCUAGGAACCUCUAUAUGUCCUAGAUUGGAUGAAGUACCUCUUUUGGAACCUUUAAUUUGCAAAAAGAUUGCUCAUGAAAGAUUAACCGCUCUUGUAUUUAAAGAAGAUUUUUUUGUUACUGCUUGUCAAGAGGGUUAUAUAUUUACCUGGGUUAGACCAAAUAAAUGGGAGAAUAUGCAAAUUGCUCCCAGCCCUAUUCCCAGUAUAGAUGAAGAAGCCGCAUUGGUGGAUGACAAUGAAUCAACUGUGGUGUGACUUUGAUAAUGAUAUAUAUUUCCAAUCGUCUUCUUUCAAUUUCUCUGCAACUUCUCUCAUGUUCUGCAAUCGUUGUUCGUGAAGAAGCCUUUCCAAUUUGUCCACGUCUUUUGAUACUUGAUGUUUAUCUCUAACCAAUUGAGAUAAAUUUUUGGUAGCCUCUUGAAGCGAACUGGCUAGAAGUGACGAUCAAGAAGAAAACUUAGAAUCAAAAUGAUACUUAAACAAAAGACUUAUAGCUAGUUGAAUAACAAAAUAGCAUAUCAUUCUUGUUGACAAGCUUACCUGUUGUUUUAGCUUUCGCUUCUUGUGAUGAUCUUCCUGCCAUAAUUUAACUAAGCCAAACUGAAAACAAUUGUGUCAAUAUCAAUUCAAAAAAUGUCAGUUACAUUUGUUUACAUCAACCAGACCAGACUUUAUUGGAUGAAGAUAAAAAUCUGCGUCUCCAUCUAACGAUUGAUCAAGUUACUACUUUUUUAGUGAAUUUAAAACUCAUGGUUCAUUUCAAUAUUAUCAAUAUCUGAUUAAUAAGGAUAAAUUGAAAUUGUCAAGAUCUAAUUUGGCUUCAAUGGAUGCGAAUAAUGAGAUUUUUUAGUUGCAGUCUUUGGAUUGAUGGCACUGAAAUAUGUAAAUCUGCCCUUAAAGUCUCUUCGUUUGCUCUCAUCAAAUCAAGGACCUUUUUCAAUUGCAAUGUAAUUGUAUUUAUCUAAACUAAUCGAGCAAAAUAUAUAAAUAUAUAUGUCUAGAUCAUUACUUGAUAGUAAGAAUAGAAAUUAAUAUUUUCAAUUCUACUCUUCAGUAAAUUUAAAUUUAAUUAUUGCACUGUGAUUCAGUUGUAUUUUGAUAUUAACUAUCGCGCAUACGUAUUAUGUAUUUACAACCAUAAUUGCUGAUUAAAAAGCAAUUCACCAAUAAAAAAGUGCAUUAGAGGUAUAUUUGUAAA